AAAAAUGUAAACAAACUUUUGUGAGGCAACUUUUGUAAGACAUGGCCAGUUUUAAAGACACUAGAGAUGCUCUUUUGAUUUCAUAUGAUGAUGGAGAUAUAGAUGACGAUGAAUUCUUGCUUCUAUGGGAACAAUUUACUUCAAAAAAUCCUUCGUUUCCGUGUGAUUACGAGCCAUUUGACUUAGACACAAUCGACCCAAGCGAGUGUAAAGCAGAAUUUCGUGUUGAGAAAAAUGAUAUACACAUGCUAGCUGAUGCUCUUGAUAUACCUGAUGUAUUUACAUGUCCACAACGAAGUAUUUGCAAUGGAAUUGAGGGCUUGUGUUGUGUUUUGAAGCGCUUUGCUUACCCGACCAGGUAUAGUGACAUGAUUCCUCGAUUCGCCAAGCCAGUUCCUGUUCUGUCCAUGAUCACCAAUACUGUUAUCGAUUAUCUGUAUGAUACUCAUGCACACAGAAUCACUCAAUGGAAUAACUUUUUAUUGAACAACCAAAUGCUAGAACAGUAUGCAGACUCUAUAGCACAGAAAGGUUCAGCACUGGACAACUGUUUUGGCUUCAUAGAUGGUACGGUUAGGCCCAUAUGUCGUCCAGGUGAAAAUCAGCGGAUUGUGUACAAUGGGCACAAGAGGGUUCAUGCUCUUAAGUACCAGUCGGUUACCUUACCUUCUGGCAUGAUAGCUCAUCUAUGUGGUCCUUUUGAGGGAAAGAAACAUGAUGCAGGUAUGCUGAGAGAAUCACAGCUGUUAAAUGAUCUUCAAAGACAUGCCUUCUCAACAACUGGCAAUCCCAUGUGUUUAUAUGGGGAUCCUGCUUAUCCUUUAAGGGUACAUCUCCUAGCGCCAUACAAGCAUGCAAGAUUGACCCCUCAAGAGCAAGCAUUCAACACUUCAAUGAGCACCGUUCGUGAAUCAGUAGAGUGGCUUUUUGGAGACAUCGUGGAGUACUUUAAAUUUCUGGAUUUCAAGAAGAAUUUAAAGAUACAACUAAGCUCUAUUGGAAAGUAUUACAUUGUAGCAGCUAUCUUAAGAAAUGCCUUGACAUGCCUUUAUGGAAAUCAGACCUCACAGUUCUUUGAUUUUGAACCUCCAAUGUUGCAUGAAUAUUUUAACUAAAUAGAAUUUUCAUAAACAAAUGAAACAGCUGUCAGUGCCAA